AUGGCUUCCCAGGACCCAGACGUGAGAAAGUCUGCAGAGAUCGAUUUCAAGUACGCCACCACCGUUCUAGGAAAGGAAGGCUCCAUGGACUUUCUGGAUUCUUCUCCGUGGCCGGUCUCGAUUAUCGAUGCCUUCAUCAACAUCAACCAAACCGAGUUCAUGAGCUACAACGCUUACAAUGCCACGCAUCCCGUGCAGCCUCCUCGAGUAGCGCUGGAAUCGUUGUACUGGCGACCCGAAUCUGCACAGCCAUCGGCUGUGCUACCCGCCAAUAUUCGUCUGGCGGUUCUCGGCACCCAUGCGACGCUGUCACUUGAGCCAGUGGAGAUGCUAAGGAGGUUCUCGGGCGUGCCCAUCACUGCGGUUUUCUACGGAAUCGAACCACGGUUCUGUGAUCUCAUGGGCAUUUGCGACCAGGGCAGCGCAGCCUUGGUGCAGCUGUUCAAGGAUGCAGAGAAAGACCCAUUCGCGUUCCCUUGGUCCAAGCUCAGCGAAGAGCUUGCCGUGUUGUUGGUCCAGGAUGAAGGCCUUCGCGCAGCUGAAGCGUUGGUUUGCACUGAGCCCCUGGCCGGCUGCCUAAUGCUGCGCGAUUUGGCGGAGCAAAGUGGCCGAAGGCUGCCCUUGCUGGGCUAUUUGGGCGUCGCUUUGCUCAACAGCUGCCCGCCGGAUGACACCGACUUGUUCUGGGAUUCAUUGAUCCACGUCAUGGACUCACCGGAUCUGGCGGAGAUUGUAGUCAACAACUUGAUUCUGUCUGAGCAGGUCUACUACCAGACUGGAUACCGCAUGCCCUACGUUCGGGCUCAUGGCCUCUACACCGGCAUGGCCUAUGCUGCGAGCAAGCUGCAACAUGUCCUGGUGUGGCGUGCGCCGCUGUUCAGUUAUGUCACCACAAGAUGUGCUAUCAUGCAUUUUACGGCCGCCAACCCUGGGCUCAACAUCGAAUUUCACUUCAUGGAGGAGGGUGAAAGCUUGCCGUACGCUGAAGUGGCCACUUUUAAGGCUGUUGCGCUGAUCCCCUGGGAUCAUGCCCUCAUGACGUUCUACGAGCUGUACAGCGCCAACAUCCCACUGCUCAUGCCCGGCACGGAAUGGAUGUAUCGCCUACUUUACCAGCGCGGCCAGCUCUCAGUGGGUGAGCGCCUUUACCAGGCGCGGCUUCCUGGAUAUACACCUCCUUUUGUGGAGUUUGCCGAGGCGGAUGUCACGCCUUCUCCCCCAAGUGCCGCCACUGGGCUCAGCUCGGCGAAGGCGGCCCGUGGUGUCGCGGAGGAUGUGCUGAGCCGCGGCCUGGAAGCAGCUGACCUCGAGACUGCGAAGCAGUACUUGAAGGCUGCUCUCGAUCUCAUGAAGGAUAUGCGUUACUUCCUGGCGGUCGCCGAGAACAAGACCGAUGAGGACUCGUCGACCUCGAUGGGCAUCGUGCGUCGCUCCACAUCCGAAGGGUCGAGGAAGCCUCCGAAGGUGAUACGCAUGCGAAGGGAAAUCCCGACACAUCCGGAGUUAUGGCAUCCCUUCACUCCUUUCCAGAUGUCUCCUGUCGAUUCCAAUGACUGGACCCGCAUGCGGAAGGGUACCUGGUGGCUUCGGCGUGGAGCCCGCUUUGAUGCCAUGAGGUACUGGUACCAGUACUCUGACUUUGCUCGGUUUCCAGGAAUCAACUACUUCGCCAACCUGCCAGAUCUCCUGUGCCUGUCUCGCUCUCUGGACAUGCACGAUGCCAGUGCAAAGAUGCGGCGCUACAACGAAGAGAGCCUCGUCCACUCUGUGAGCUUCUGGACUUAUUCGCUUUCCAAGCUUCUCGCACAAAAGUCGAUUGCUUCGAGCAUGAAUACCGUUAAGAUAUUCCGUUUGAGGCAGUUUGACUGA